AUGAAAGUUAAUAUAAUAGAAGGAAAAAUAAAACUUUCCCUUGCUUACCGUUUAAAUUGGCAAUUUAUUCCUUGGGAAUCGAAUGACGUUUCAGUUUUAUGUUUAUGGGAGAAGCGCUUUGCUAGGUUACCAGAUUUUGUUUAUCAACAAAAAAGAAAAAUGAACCUGGAGCUUUUAUUAGAUCUACCCCCAUCUACCUCCGCACUUUUCAGACAUGACUUCGAUAGAACAAUGAAAUAA